AUGUCCGUCACCGCGGUCAAUCCUCGAUUCGACGAUCUCAAGCGCAAGAACAGCAGCAAGUCUUUCCUCACGCGCGGCGACAGUCACCGAAGGUCGACGAGAGGGAGCGACGGCACAGUCAACACCACAAGUAGUGCGAGAACCAACAUCACGGCGCCUCCCGAGUACAGCAAGAAGUUCGUCGUUGUCGGCGAUGGCGGGUGUGGCAAGACAUGUCUGCUGAUCAGCUAUUCUCAAGGCUACUUCCCUGAGAAAUAUGUACCGACUGUGUUCGAGAACUACAUCACCACUGUCGAGCACAAGAGAUCAGGGAAAGGGGUUGAACUUGCGCUGUGGGAUACUGCCGGACAAGAGGAGUACGACCGAUUGAGGCCACUUUCAUACCCAGAGACCGAUCUCCUAUUUGUAUGCUUCGCGAUAGAUUGUCCGAACUCGCUGGAGAAUGUACUGGAUAAGUGGUACCCUGAAGUCCUGCACUUUUGUCCGACAACACCCAUAAUCCUCUGCGGCUUGAAGUCCGACCUCCGACAUAAACGCACCUGCAUCGAGCUCCUCAAAACCCAAGGCCUGACACCUGUCACACAACAACAGGGCAAGCAGGUUGCGCAGAAGAUGGGCGCCAUGUACAUGGAAUGCUCCUCGAAAGAAAUGGCCGGCGUUCACGAAAUCUUCGACACAGCAAUCGACAUCGCCGUUCGAGGGCAAGACUCGCUCGCAGAAGAAGGGAGCAGCGCACCAGGCAGUAGAGGCGGACAACCGAACCUGCCCAUCAAGCGGAAGACAAGGAGUAAAUGCAAAAUCCUCUAA